ACGUUACGUGACAACUGUGUAUGGUGACUGGACGUGGGGAGACUUGACUCGUGGAAAGCUGCACUGUUACCCAAGAUGCGACUGACAACUUGUCUACAGAAAUGUUAUGUAGUGACUGCUUUUCCGUCGGUGAUAUGCGAAAGAUCAACUGUGUCAUUUCUGGAGGCUCCGUUGCUCAGGCUUUACGUCACUGUCAUGCACUGAUGUGAGGUGCGGCUGUGUCCAACUGUAUUCAGCGCCUCGACAUGCAGCCUGGCCGCUUGUUCACCACGAUUUACCGCGGUGUCUCCCAUCCCAACCACAGCACCAGGCAUUCGGCGGCCCUCUUCAACUCUGCCCAUGCGGAGGAGGAAAAAGGUCUCCCCGCCACCAUGCGGCACGGCGACAACCAGGCGGCGGGCAGUUCCAUCACCGUGGAGGUCCACUACACGCUCCUACUCGUCAUCAUGGUGUCUAGUGUGGCCAUCAACGGACUGGUCUUCUUGCUUUUUUACCACAGACCUUCCUUGCGCCUAACGUCCAACAAAUUUGUGCUCAACAUGGCAAUCGUGCAUCUCCUACAAACGUUCCUAGUCAUGCCCUUCGUGUUCGUCUCCGUUAUGUUUCAAGGGUGGAUCUUCCGCGAGGUCAUGUGCCAAAUCCACGGUGCAACGACUCUGUGCUUAACUAUGGCAAACGUUCUGUCCAUCCUGCUUAUAGCGGUAGACAGGAACUGCGCAGUGAAUAGCCCUCUCCACUACUCAAUGACUAUAACAAAGAAGAGAACAAGUGGCCUUAUCGUGUCAGCCUGGGUUUUCUCCGUGAGUGUUUCUCUUCCUCCGCUGGCCAAGGUGUCCAGGUACGAGUACCAGGACAGGUGGGCGUUGUGCACUGUGGUAUGGUACGAGGCGGACCUGUUGACGAUCGCGUAUUCGUGCCUCUUGUUCGUUGUUGGCUUCCUGUUGCCCUUUGUACGCAUCACGUGGAUCUACACGUCCAUGUUCAGAGCUGCUAGAAAAAACAGUGCCAGAGCGCGGCUGCAUAAUUUCAACACUCCGGAACUGAGUCCUCCGCCCGACGGCCAGCAACCGUGCGCAAUGUACAUCCAUCGGAGAACGGCAUGGACGAAGCGCACGUCAUCGCUCAGCCAGGCUUCGUCUCUGUUCGGCGACGAGUGGAAAGCGGUCAGGACUGGACUGCUGGUCGUCAUGUCGUUCACGGCCUGCUUCCUCCCCUUCUUCUCGGUUAUUCUCUUGGAGCCUCAUACGAGGAGCUACGACAUCGUCUUCAGAAACCUGCCAGCAAUAUCCAUGCUCCUUAUUUUCUCUUCUUCACUCAUUGGACCCUACCUGUACGUGAUACGCAACAAGGCGACUAGAAAACAUGUGCGAAAGAUAUUCACCUGCUUAAGGCGUAAGCCGAGCAUAUUCUCUUCAAAGGGCUACCAUUACAGCCGACCUGCGCCAGAUAGCCACUUCUCAGGGGACAACGCUGCGGACGUCGGAAGUUCUGUGUCUAUACACUCUGCUACUAGCGGAGAUUACCAGAAGACAUUGGUCGCGCAUUCGUUAUACCAGAAUAAAUCCGGCAACUGGAAGAUCGUGACAGUAGCCGCUCCACCCAGUCGACGCAGUUCUCUUGGAAGCAACAUCAUCCUGAGGCCGCGGGGGGAAGACCUACAGCAGUAUUACCAGCAGAGGUGCGCGUCGAGUCUGCGAGCGACGGCAAUACGCAACGGCUAUAACCGGCGAGCCUCUCUGGACAAUUCCAAAGUCCUCUCCGCGAGGCACGACCGUGCCGACCGGGACUUUGACCUGGCAUCAAUACCAUCGCCCAACAGUCAGGAGUGCCGCAGCAUGUCGUUCCGUCUCCGCGGACGGUUUGCCAACCGAGACGAGUCCAUCGAAACCUGUUACAGCUCCUGCGACAGCAGCUACGGUCAGGAAGACUGGAGUCGAUUUGUGGAACAGCCCACGCGCCGGGGCCGGACAGACUCGCACUGCAGCGUGUCCACUUUGCUCUGCAACGAGCAGCAGCUGUCCAGCAUUGCCCAGGUUCACCAGUACAGGGUAUGUGGUACCUCGACGGCCAGCUACGGCAGUCGACCCGUUCUCAAGAGGGGAAGGUCCUUCGCCUUCGAUGAGGGAGACACUUCUUACCUUCCGUCGCCGAAAAUUUCGCAGUACGGCGGAGUACGCAAGUCGCAUUUCGUCAACGCCAAGAGCUAUCCCAGGCACAGUUCCAGCGAGACGACGACCACGACCCUGGGAUCAUCUACGUCGACGGACUCCCAGGACAUCCCUUCGGUGUCGUCUCCUCCGCCGGUGUUUCAGUACCAGCAUUGCGCGCACAUGCAACAGCGUGCCCUACAGGAGGAAAGAAGAGACUCUGGCUUCGAAGAUGCGAUGCUAGGGAAGUGUGAUAUCUGCUAUACAAUCGUUGACGAGACUGGUUCUAUCAAAGCUGUUAAAUUUGUAGAGCAGUGACUCAGGAGAUGUUUAAGGACAUUUUUCUUUGAGCGAAGCGUGGUUGUUAACUUCAAUAGGGAGAUGAUUAAGAAUCAUUUUGAGCGAAUGUGGUUGUCGGUGUCAAUACCUCAAUACGCCUGUGUUAUUACUAUCAUUAAGCGGCGUAUUCCUCCUGUAAUUUAAGUGGCUAGUCCUUGCAGGGUUGCAACAGCCCAGGGAAACCCCGGCGUAAUGUGUCCCUGUGUCGAGGCGAUAUUACGAGUCUGCUAAGGGAGGUGCUCGCUCUCAAGCUCACCCAUCCAACGUCGAAGGAGGUGGUUGCGGAGAUAUCAUUCGGAAUUAAGCUGGUUGGCAUUGUGUGUGUUAUCCGGCGAAUUUUGGUUUUUAAGAGUGCAUAGGUGCGUAUUGCGGUGUCCGAUGUCAUUUUACACAAAUUGAUUUUUGUGUUGCCAGGAACCUCGUUUUCGCAAGGAAAACGGAACAUCAAAUGUCCGAAUUACGUGUCGAUUUUUUCUUCUUUUUUUUUUUUUCAGUACCAAUACAACAUAAGAAACAUUCCAAAUUCGGAAACAUAUUCUUAAGUCAUUUAUACUACCGCUGCGAACUAAAUCUCAUCUCUGCAGA